AUGGUCAAUGGCUGCGCCGAGGUCAAGCCAGUGCUUAACGUGUUUUAUAAAUAGAAGCGAGCUAUGUAAUCUCUUUUUCCAUCCCCCCACCGCGGCUCUCCUCGGCGCUGCCUGCGCAUGUUAUCGCGUUCUGCUCCAGAGCACCCAGUAAAAACAAAGCAGCAGCCAAUCAGAAAGCGAGCAGGCUUGACUCACGCUGCUGAGGGUUUUGCAAGGAGAGAUAGCUGAUGCAAACAUGCCCGAAGUUCCAUCCAUAGAGAGCGACUACAGGGAGCAAACGCCAAGGAAAAGGACGCUAGAAAACUCAGAAGGUUUCCCUGCGAAAAAGAAAGCCUGCUGGGGUAUUUUAACUAGUCAAGGGUCAUGGGCAGACCGGUCGCCGCUGCACGAGGCCGCAGCACAAGGUCGCCUCCUGGCCCUCAGGACUCUGCUCUCGCAGGGCUACAGUGCGAACAUUCUCACCAUUGAUCAUGUGACCCCGCUGCAUGAGGCUUGCCUGGGAGACCAUGUGGCCUGUGCCAGGGCCCUCAUAAAGGCUGGAGCCAAUGUAAACGCCACCACCAUCGAUGGGGUGACGCCGCUUUUUAACGCCUGCUCCUCGGGCAGUGUGACGUGUACAGAGGUCCUGCUGGAACACGGAGCCAAACCCCAGUCUGAAGUGUGCCAGCCCUCCCCCAUUCACGAAGCCUCCAGUAAAGGCAAGAGCGGGUGUGUGGAAGCCUUGAUCUCCUGGGGGGCGGAUGUGGACUAUGACAUUCCUCAUCUGGGGACCCCCCUGUACAUCGCCUGCAUGUCGCAGCAGCUGCAGUGCACACGCACGCUGCUGGACGGAGGAGCAAAUGUACAGAAAGGACGGUUCCUGGAAACGCCGUUACAUGCUGCGGCUCAGAAGAACUGCACAGAGAUCUUGAAGGUCCUGCUGGAGUUUGGAGCCAACAUUAACUCCAAGAACCUGGAGCUGAAGCGCCCGGUAGAGACAGCGCCCCCUAGCAGUCUGGCAGAGGGACUGCUCCUGCUGUUCGAAGCCAUGCCCCGCUCCCUGUGUCAGCUGUGCCGCCUGAGCAUCAGGGAGUGCUUGGGCCGCUCCAGACUGCACCUCAUUCCUCAGCUCCACCUGCCAACCCCGCUCAAGAGGUUCCUCCAGUACAGAUAGAGCGGAGAACUUUAUUCAACCAUGUGAAUUAUUGCAUUUACUACCUGCCUACGUGAUCCCACAAGCAUGCCCACCACUGUAUUUUUACUCUAUAUGUUAACUGUGCUACUGUCACUUUAAGAGGUAUGGCCAUAUAAAAAAAAAA